UGAACCCGGACGUGAACGUGUUCCAGCGUAAAUUCGUUAACGAAGUCAGGAGGUGUGAAGAAAUGGACCGAAAGCUAAGGUUUGUUGAGAAGGAGAUUAAAAAAGCAAAUAUUCCUAUCAUGGACACUGGUGAAAACCCGGAGGUGCCUUUUCCACGUGACAUGAUUGACUUGGAGGCAAACUUUGAGAAAAUUGAAAAUGAGCUUAAAGAAAUCAACACAAACCAGGAGGCUCUGAAGAGGAACUUCUUGGAGCUGACGGAGUUAAAAUUUAUACUGCGUAAAACUCAGCAAUUUUUUGAUGAGGCUGAAUUGCAUCAUCAGCAGAUGGCGGAUCCAGACCUGUUGGAGGAAUCCUCUUCGCUCCUGGAACCAAGCGAGAUGGGAAGAGGUGCCCCGCUACGACUCGGGUUUGUGGCUGGUGUGAUCAACCGUGAGCGAAUCCCCAUGUUUGAGCGCAUGCUGUGGCGAGUGUGCCGAGGGAACGUAUUCCUGCGUCAGGCAGAAAUUGAAAACCCCCUGGAGGAUCCUGUAACGGGGGAUUAUGUGCACAAGUCUGUGUUUAUCAUCUUUUUCCAAGGUGACCAGCUGAAGAACAGAGUCAAGAAGAUCUGUGAAGGAUUCCGUGCCUCCCUCUACCCCUGCCCAGAAACACCGCAGGAGCGGAAGGAAAUGGCUUCUGGUGUCAAUACCAGAAUUGAUGAUCUUCAGAUGGUGCUGAACCAAACAGAGGAUCAUCGCCAAAGGGUUUUGCAGGCAGCUGCUAAAAAUAUCCGUGUCUGGUUCAUCAAAGUACGCAAGAUGAAGGCCAUCUACCAUACCCUGAAUCUGUGCAAUAUCGAUGUGACACAGAAGUGCUUGAUUGCUGAAGUCUGGUGUCCUGUUGCUGACCUCGAUUCUAUCCAGUUUGCUCUCAGGAGAGGCACUGAGCACAGUGGAUCCACUGUCCCAUCUAUUUUGAAUAGGAUGCAAACUAAUCAGACCCCACCAACAUACAACAAAACUAACAAGUUUACUUCUGGCUUUCAAAACAUUGUUGAUGCUUAUGGCAUUGGAACAUACCGGGAAAUAAAUCCAGCACCAUAUACAAUCAUUACCUUCCCGUUUCUGUUUGCUGUGAUGUUUGGAGAUUUUGGCCAUGGAAUCCUGAUGACUCUGAUUGCUGUCUGGAUGGUGCUCAGGGAAAGUCGUAUUCUGUCAAAGAAGAGUGACAAUGAGAUGUUCAACAUGGUUUUUAGUGGUCGAUACAUCAUUCUGCUGAUGGGACUAUUCUCCACUUACACAGGCCUCAUCUACAAUGACUGCUUCUCCAAGUCUCUUAAUAUGUUCGGUUCAUCAUGGAGUGUCCGACCGAUGUUCUCAAAAGGCAAUUGGUCAGAUGCCUUGCUUGAGAAUACUCCUCUGCUUCAGCUGAACCCUGCUAUUCCAGGGGUGUUUGGUGGACCCUACCCCUUUGGCAUUGACCCGAUUUGGAAUAUUGCCAGCAAUAAGCUGGCCUUCCUCAAUUCGUUUAAAAUGAAAAUGUCUGUGAUUCUUGGCAUUAUCCACAUGCUCUUUGGUGUCACAUUGAGUCUUCUCAACCAUAUCUAUUUUAAGAAGCCACUGAACAUAUACCUUGGAUUCAUUCCAGAAAUUAUUUUCAUGUCAUCACUGUUUGGAUACCUUGUUAUUCUCAUUUUCUACAAAUGGACAGCCUACGAUGCUCACACGUCAAAGGAUGCACCAAGCCUUUUAAUACAUUUUAUCAACAUGUUUCUGUUCUCCUAUAGUGAUACCAGUAAUAAGAUGCUUUAUAAAGGGCAGCAAGGGCUCCAGUGUUUCCUAGUGGUGGUGGCGUUACUGUGUGUGCCAUGGAUGCUGGUAGCUAAACCCCUGGUCCUUCGCCAUCAGUAUUUGAGGAGAAAGCACUUGGGAACGCACAACUUUGGUGGGAUCCGGGUGGGCAAUGGACCAACUGAGGAGGAUGCCGAGAUCAUUCAACAUGACCAGUUAUCUACCCAUUCCGAGGAGGGGGAAGAGUUUGACUUUGGCGAUACUGUGGUGUACCAGGCUAUCCACACCAUUGAAUAUUGCCUGGGGUGCAUUUCAAACACUGCAUCCUACUUGAGGCUCUGGGCUCUCAGCUUAGCCCAUGCACAGCUCUCGGAGGUGCUCUGGACCAUGGUGAUCCACAUUGGCCUCAGCGUGAGGAGUCUGGGUGGAGGCUUUGGCCUCUUCUUCAUAUUUGCUGCUUUUGCUACCCUGACAGUAGCAAUUCUCCUGGUCAUGGAGGGGCUGUCUGCUUUUCUCCAUGCUCUUCGCUUGCACUGGAUUGAGUUCCAGAACAAGUUCUACACUGGCACUGGAUUCAAGUUUCUCCCUUUCUCCUUUGAUACCAUCCGUGAGGGGAGGUUUGACGAUUAAAGAUCCCUCCGCUCGAGCAGUGUUAAACGCCGUGUGUUUAUGGCCAACCCUUUCCCGUGUGUCUGAGUUGCAUGUAAUCCUCCCAUAGUGAAAAUAACUUAUUGCAGCACCCUCAAGUGUUACCAUGGCGUUUCAAAGCCAAGAGCUUUGACAUUCUCGGGUAAUGAGUGACACUGGAUCAAAGAAACUUUUCAUUCCUUAAGUUUACCACUGAAGAUACUAAGUGCAUGAAGUGUCUGAGUUUGGUGUGUAAUAGUGUACUUCUCGUGUUGUGAAUUCCCUGGCAGGCUUAUCAGGGCAGUGUGAGAGAAAUGCAGCUAUGGCUGAGUGGGCAUACGAGCACAUGGAGAAAAGGCGUAACAACUUCAGCUUGCGCAAAGCUUGCUGCUCGGGAAGAGGGGUUUUUUAAGAAACUUUUACAUGUGGAUCCUAUGUCUCUGCCUCUGAUUAAACAAAUUAUGAGCAGUGGGCAGUUGACAAUCCAGAGCGUGCUUUCUCCUACCUCCAGGGCUUCCACAUGUGCCAUGUUUUAAUCUGACAAAAACAAUGCCUCAUCCCGUGCAGGGAUUCAGCUCUUUGAACUCGCUGGGGCUUGAGGAGCCAAUAUGAAGGGGUAGGACUCAGCCUCAGCUAAGUGUAUGGUGGCUCUCUGCUUGCUCUAGUGAUGGGGAAACACCUUGUUCUCACAGGAAAGGCUGUUCCUUUCCUCCAUGGAGAAGAGAUGCUCCUUUAACUGUGCACCUGCAUGCUCGUAUCCCAGGCAAAGCCUAAGCCCAGCAGCAAAGGCCCCUUCCACCUCUUGUUUCUGGAGGCAGUGGUGAGAACAGGGGGCUCAGGCACAGGGGCUUGACUGCCCUGCUGUGGCCUGGGGUGAGAUGGAGGAGGGAUGAGCUGCGGCGCAGACUGUCAUCUCGGGUACUGACCACUGGCAGUGGAACUUCUUGGGUUUCUUGUUUAAAACAAAGCCCUGAAGCUGUAGAGUCCUAGAGGCACAUCCAGAUAAUGCCCGUGUAGACUUGGCAUCGCUGGAGGCAGCUUUUGCAAAGGUGGAGGUCCCAGUGACGUAUGUUGUCACGUAUGCUCAGGGUCUGAGGAGCCCUUUAAGGGAGAACAGAGGCUGAGUCUUGCCAAAGUAGUCCCGUGGCAGUGGAGUCUCGGUGGUAUUUCCCCAUGGUAGCUGUUGCUUUUUCUCCUGUGUAAGAUGUGAGUAAUUUCUUGCCCUCUUCAGCUCAGUGUAGCUGCUGGAGCAGCGUGGGGGGUGUUAGUGCUGUGUGUAACUGUCGUGUUUAGUUGUCACAGUGGAUCUGAAGUAUUUGGGUAUGAACAGAUUAGAACGAUGAUGAGAAUCAUUGUAACCUGGAAUUGAAGAGGAAAUGCCACACGGUGCAGGGCUGUUUAAAAUUACGUGGGAAAGGUGUGUGUGCACUGCAUGCUGCAACGGGUGUGUCCAUGGAGCACGGGGAUCCUUGUGCUGCGUGGGGGCAGCUUUUGGGUAAUCGCUGUCUACAGGUAGACUUGGCUGUCUGUUUACAAUGGUGUUUGCAGAAUGAAAGACAAAGUCAAAACUUGUUUGCAGGUGGAGCAAGGACAGCAGUCCUGCUGCCCAGGCGAAAUGCAUUGCUGACAGUCACUGUAUAAAUUAAACUAACUGCACGACA